AUGCCCGUGGCUGGCACUAGUAAACGUCCUUCUGUUCCCCUUUACCAUGCGAAGCCCCUUUGUAACACUGGCACAGACGGCGCUCCAGGUACCAUCACGCUGAAGAACGUGCUGCAUGUCCCCGACAUCAAGUACAACCUUCUGGCGCUGAACCUGGUGACUCGCGCGCGUCGUGGUGCUUCCGUCGUCAUUGCUGCGGACGACAGCCGCAUCCAGUUUGCCACAUGGAGCGUGCCUCUGCUGCCGUCCAAGGACACCGGCCAUCUCUUCCUCUACGCCAGCACCACGACCUCCCAACAAGCCACGGCGCUUGCGGGGGAGCUCGUGCACAGCAGCGAUGGGGAAGCCGAGGAUGCUGACGAGGGCGCCUCUGCACACGACGUGCUAGGCCAUCGCAGCAGCGCGGCCGUCGACGCCAUCCGGCAGCAGAUUGCCCAGGCCUCUUCCAAGCACAUCGUCACCUGUGGACCAUGUGCGCUUGGCAAGAGCACGCGCGCCUCCAUCCCGAAGCAGUCUGCUCCACGCAGCGCUGGGCCAUGCCAGCUGCUCUACGCAGACAUCGCCGGUCCGCUGGAGGAGACGUCGCUGCGAGGUGCACGCUACGCGCUGACCUUCAUCGACGACUGCACGCGUUUCGCUGGACGUUUCUCAUCCGGCACAGACGACGUCGCAACGGCAUGCACUGCCGACGGCGUGCUCUCAGCGUACUCGGAUGCGUCCUUCGCCUCCAACGUUGACACGCGACGUUCCCGCACGGGCUUCGUCGUCUUCUGUUCCACGGGCCCCGUGUCCUGGAACUCCAAGCUGCAGGCCACCGUGGCCACAGCCUCCGCCGACGCGGAGUACAUGGCUCUCGCAGCCACCGCACAGGAACUCAUGUUCCUUCGCCAACUCCAGGAGGAGCUCACCGGCGCCGUCCUGUGCGAGCCCACGCUCGUCCACACGGACAACCAGCCGGCGCAGCGCGUUGCCGAACACGCCGCCUCGCGCAUGCGGCACAUCCUCGUCAAGUACCACUACAUCCGCGAGUGCGUCGACACCAAGAGGAUUGUGCUGAGCUACCUCGCCACGGAGCACAUGAUCGCAGAUCUCCUCACGAAGAUCCUCCCUCGGCCCAAGACGGCUCAGUUCUGCACGAUGCUGUUCGACCAGCGUCCUCUGCCAGGCUGCCAGCCACGGGCCCGUCCUCAUUCGGGCCGGUCGCCACGUCCUUCGACUCCGCGUCAGGACCUCUGA